UACGUCACAGCGUAAACCCUUUCCCCCCGUGUCCUAUGAUCGUCGACUUUGCAAGGAUUCUGGAAAUGGCAGCUACCAAUUGACCAUCAAUCCAUCUUUUCGCGUUAAUUCUUUACAUCUUGUCCCACUCAAACAAUGCCACGCUACGAAUUGGCGCUUAUCCUGAAGGCGAUGCAACGGCCGGAGACGGCAGCGGCUCUCCGGCGGACAGUGGAAACUUUAAUGGUGCGGGGGGCUGUGGUGAGAGACAUGGAGAAUCUUGGAGAGAGACUCUUGCCUUAUGUGAUGACCAAACACAACCAGAGACACCGCCGAGGAUCAUACUUUUUGAUUGACUUCUACGCGGCUCCCAGCAUUCUCACGGACGUUAUCGAUCACUUACAUCGUGACGUCGACGUGGUGAGGCCCACUGUGCUGAAGAAAGACACGCAGAGUUCGAAACAAACAUGUUGUGGUUCUCAGCAGUGAUGGAACGUAUUUGCAGUUCAUAUCCAGAGGAUGUGCUGUGUGCUGCUUCUUUGACCUCUUCCAGUGCCGUUGAACAGAACUUAGCUUUGAUGUGAUAAUGAUGAAAAGGAUUAUAAUAAACAUCUUUUGUCAUUAUUA